GGGAGCCGCCUGCAAAACCCUACGAAGCUGUCUGCCAUACAAUACAAAUAAACCAUCUUCUUAGCCUCUGAGACUGAAGUGCAGUGAAUAUCAGCCCUAGCUGAGAACCCAAAGGUCGCCGCUGCCAAAAAUGCCGAAGUCUAAACGCAAUAAAGCAGUCACACUCUCAAAGACAAAGAAAAAGGGGAGGGAACAUAAAGAAGCAAUAAUGAAUGCGAUAAAAGAGGCUGCUGAAAAAUACAGUUCAGUGUAUGUGUUUUCUUUUGAAAACAUGAGAAAUAAAAAAUUCAAGGAGUUCAGGGAGCAGCUGAAAUCUACCAGCAGGUUUUUCUUGGGAUCAAACAAAGUCAUGCAGGUUGCCCUUGGUCAUUCUGCUGCUGAUGAGAUUAGACCUGGUCUUCAUAAGGUUUCCAAGCUUCUACGAGGAGAUGCUGGAAUGUUUUUCACAAACUUGCCAAAAGAAGAAGUCGAAAGGUUAUUUAAUGAGUUUGAGGAAUAUGACUUUGCAAGAACGGGAAGCACUGCAACUGAAAAGGUGGAACUCAAAGAAGGUCCUUUGGAGCAGUUCACACAUGAGAUGGAGCCAUUUCUACGGAAGCAAGGCAUGCCUGUACGGUUAAAUAAAGGAGUGGUGGAACUUAUCUCAGAUUUUGUUGUUUGUGAGGAGGGGAAGCCAUUGUCACCUGAGGCAUCUCGCAUAUUGCGUUUACUGGGGAUUCAGAUGGCUACAUUUAAGCUCCAUCUGAUAUGCAGAUGGAGUCCUGACGAUUUUGAACUGUACAUACAAGGACCAGAUGAUUCAGAUGUUGAAACCAAUUAGAAUUUCAAGUUGGCGAAGAUUAUCUGCUGUUUGAUUAAAUGGCAACGUAACUUGUGUGGUCUUCUCUUCUGGUGUCCUGGGGUUUUGGCGUGAGCAUAUUUUUGUAACCUAUACAUGUAUUCCUAGGCCUAAUUUCUAGAAUUAGUCCAUCACUUCCUCAGCCCCAAGUUCUUUAAUCUUGAAUAUGUCAUCAAAGCUGAGUCAUGAGUAGCUAGAUAUGGCUUUAUUUUGCUUCAAUUUUGUUUGCUUCUGAAUCUUUGGAUCUUGUAUCGACUAUUGAGCUGUUUUUCUUCUAAUAUAAUCCCAGUUAUUCUGUAGUCAA